CGCUCUGUCCCGUUGUUGGUUUUCAGGGGGGCAUUCUCGGUCGUGAGAAGAUGUAUGAAAAUUACGACGGGACAAGAGUAUGCGGCCAAAAUUAUCAACACCAAAAAGCUUUCGGCUAGGGAUCACCAGAAACUGGAAAGGGAAGCUAGAAUCUGUCGCCUCCUGAAGCAUCCCAAUAUUGUGCGGCUUCAUGACAGCAUAUCAGAAGAAGGAUUCCAUUACUUAGUCUUUGACUUAGUCACCGGAGGUGAACUGUUUGAAGAUAUAGUUGCAAGAGAAUAUUACAGUGAAGCAGAUGCCAGUCAUUGUAUACAGCAGAUUCUAGAAAGUGUUAAUCAUUGUCACCUAAAUGGCAUAGUGCACAGAGACCUGAAGCCUGAGAACUUGCUUUUAGCUAGCAAAUCCAAGGGAGCAGCAGUAAAACUGGCGGACUUUGGGUUGGCUAUAGAAGUCCAAGGAGAACAACAAGCUUGGUUUGGCUUUGCUGGUACUCCAGGAUACCUUUCUCCAGAGGUGUUGCGUAAAGAUCCCUAUGGAAAACCCGUGGAUAUGUGGGCAUGUGGUGUCAUUCUCUAUAUCCUUCUAGUAGGAUAUCCUCCCUUCUGGGAUGAAGACCAGCACAGACUCUACCAGCAGAUCAAGGCUGGUGCUUAUGAUUUUCCAUCACCAGAGUGGGAUACAGUGACUCCUGAAGCAAAAGACCUUAUCAAUAAAAUGCUUACAAUUAACCCAGCAAAACGUAUCACAGCAUCAGAAGCACUAAAGCAUCCAUGGAUCUGUCAACGUUCUACUGUUGCCUCCAUGAUGCACAGACAAGAGACAGUAGAUUGCUUGAAGAAAUUCAAUGCAAGAAGAAAACUAAAGGGAGCCAUUUUGACAACUAUGCUGGCUACCAGAAAUUUCUCAGCAGCUAAGAGUUUGCUGAAAAAGCCGGAUGGAGUCAAGAAAAGGAAGUCCAGUUCGAGUGUUCAGAUGAUGAUAAACAACAAAACCAACGUGGUAACCAGCCCCAAGGAAAAUAUUCCUACCCCGGCGCUGGAGCCCCAAACUACAGUAAUCCACAACCCUGAUGGAAAUAAGGAAUCAACAGAGAGUUCCAAUACAACCAUUGAAGAUGAAGAUGUGAAAGCUCGUAAGCAAGAGAUUAUCAAGGUUACCGAGCAGUUGAUUGAAGCUAUCAACAAUGGGGACUUUGAAGCUUACACAAAAAUCUGUGAUCCAGGCCUUACAUCCUUUGAACCCGAAGCUUUGGGUAACCUAGUAGAAGGGAUGGACUUUCACCGGUUCUACUUUGAAAAUGCUUUAUCCAAAAGUAAUAAGCCAAUCCACACCAUUAUCCUCAAUCCUCACGUGCACCUCGUGGGUGAUGAUGCUGCCUGCAUUGCGUAUAUACGUCUAACCCAGUACAUGGAUGGCAGCGGGAUGCCAAAGACUAUGCAGUCCGAGGAGACACGGGUCUGGCACCGUCGGGAUGGCAAAUGGCAGAAUGUUCACUUUCACCGUUCAGGGUCACCAACAGUACCUAUCAAUGCCUAGCACAGCGGAAUCCCAGUCAUGACUUCGGCCCCUAGAUGCUACGCUAAAAAUAUCAGCGGUGCCGCUCUUGCAUUCUGUGUACCCAACGCGCCUGAUUGAUUACCAUCUUGGCCAUCCUGUUGUCUUCAUGCAUGUUUCUGAGUGCAUGAAGUCGUGAAGGUUCUUCAUGUAACACAUUUGUGAUGCACCAUUUUGCUACAUAUUCCAUCUGUACACUGUUAACAUUUCAAUGAAGGUGAUGUUCCAUGCAAAUAGAAAACAGCCAGGCAUAAACGUCAAA